CGCCUCACCUCACGCAGUCACGCCCCCAGCACAAGCCCAAAGCCAGAACAGAACAGCCCCGCACCGAAAUCUCGCUCGCGUCGCGGGGAAGGAGAGAGAGAGAGAGAGAGGGCUGGGAAGGGAAUACAGCUGACGAAAUCCCUCGCCACCGCUCCACCGCCACCCGGCGUCACACGCCCCGCCUAAACCCCUCUCCUCCUCCUACGCGGCCGGGGCGCCGAGCCCGCUUCCUCCGCCCGCGCCGCGAGGGGAAACCCUAGCGGCCGCAGAUCUCGCACGAGCGCUUUCGAUCCGCGCGUGCAGAGGCCGAUUUGUCCGGAAAAUGGCGGACGACGGGGCCGUCGACAGGGAGCAGGAGCAGCGGCAGCUCGAGGACCGGCUCAGGGAGGUCGGGAAACGCCUGCAGGCGCCGCCCGACGCCGCGGAGGACCUGUUCAAGCUCCUCGAUGAAGUCGAGGAGUGUUUACUUAAAGUAGAGCAGUCACCUCCUCAGAGCACAUCUAAUGCUAUUCGACCAGCAACCAAAGCUUUGGUCAAGAAAGAGCUGUUUGGUCAUGCUGAUCCAAAUGUCAGACUUGCUGUGGCAUCAUGUAUCUCUGAGAUCACUAGAAUCACGGCACCUGAUGCUCCAUACGACGAUGAUGUAAUGAAGGACGUGUUCUCUUUAAUUGUUGGGGCCUUCCAAGAUCUUGAUGACAUAGAGAGCCCCUUCUUCAGAAGGAGGGCUUCAAUUCUUGAUACCGUGGCAAAGGUCCGGUCCUGUGUGGUGAUGCUAGACCUUGAAUGUGAUGAUUUAAUACGUGAUAUGUUCCAUCACUUCGUCAGGACUGUCUCUUCUGAACAUUCAGAAGCUGUCAUAUCCUGCAUGGAAACAAUAAUGAAAUUGGUAAUUGAGGAGAGUGAGGAUGUCCAGCCACAGAUUGCAUCAUGUUUGCUCGAGAAUGUUAGGAAAGAAGAAAAGGAAUCUUCUUCACCACCCUUUGUACUUGCUGAGAAGGUGAUAGGCAUGUGCCGUGAAAAACUAAAGCCAGUCUUUCUGCAAUUACUAAAAGGCACUUCCUUGAACGAAUACAGCCAAGUUGUCACAUCAGUUUGUGAAGGGGGUUCAGAUGACAAGGAAGAUAACAAUGCUGACCCGUCUGGGAAGGACACGGUGGAUGAUGGCAAACUUUCUGAAAGGACUAUUUCUGAUGAGUUGCCUCAGGAAUCUUCAAAGGUGGAUCAAGAUGUUAGCCAUCCUGAACAAGAUGGUACUUCAAUGAAUGGUACUCCGGGUACUGCUAUUGGCAGUGGUGCAACUCCAGCUGAUAAUGGUGAGUCUAAUCAAGGACUACCUUCCACAAAAGAGAAGCUUGAACAAUCUUGCUAUGCUGAGAACACAGUAGAUGCUGAUCAGUUGAAAUCUGACAACAAUGAAGGUGCAGAAUCCAUUGCUGCAAAGCCCAAGAAGUCGUCUGCCCUUGAUUCAGACAAAAAUCUUAAGCUCAAUCUCUCAGAAACAUCUGAAGCAACUGCACAUUCUAAUGCUGAUAUUAAAAAAGAAACUUUUGUAGCAUCUGGAGAGGCAGUCAAUGGAGCAUCUGAUGAUACAUCAAGGCCUGCUGAUACUACCCCUAUUAAACCAAAACGAGGUCGACCUCCUGCUGCAAAGUCAUUAGAAAAGAAGGCUGCUGGAAAGAACCAACCUUCAAGUUUGGAUUUGAAAAAGGUCGAGGAUGCUACUGAGUCAGCAGGGAAGUCAACAAAACGAUCAGCUAAGGAUGAUGUCAAGUCUUCUGUAAAAAAGGCUGGUGAAGGAGAAUCAUCUAAGAAGCAUCAAAAGAGCAGUUCAAAACAACAGAAGGAUGAAACUCUCUCCAAGGAAGGUACUGCCAAGGAUUUGAGCCUAAAGGAAAUGGUCUCUCCAAAGUCUUCGACCAAGGGGCCGGGUAGAUCCAAAGGGCCAGGUGCGGAGAAUAGCACAUCUAAGAGGGUGCGACAACAAGAGACUGAAGAGCCUCCUCGUUCGAGAAAAAACAAAGGCCUUGAUGGAACCCUUGUGGGUACAAGAAUUAAAGUUUGGUGGCCAGACGAUAAGAUGUUCUACAAUGGCGUCGUUGACUCAUUUGAUUAUGUUUCUAAAAGGCAUAAGGUUGCAUAUGACGAUGGGGAUGUAGAGGUACUACUGCUCAGGGAUGAAAAGUGGGAAUUCAUCAGUGAGGAAAAAGGAACUGCUGUGGCACCAGACACGCCACGAGGCAGAAAAAGAAAAGGAGAUUCUCUGAAGGAAGGCAAUACAGAAACACCUAAAAGUGAUGGAGGGGAUCUUCCAAAGAAAAGGGGGCGUCCAAAAGGUGUGCGUUCCAGCAACGGGACACCUGUCCCUAGUAACAACAGCUCUGCAACUCCAAGCUCAAAGGUUAAAACUGCAAGCAGGGAUGUCAAAGAAACGGAUAAAACUGGCAGUGACGUUAAAAUGGAAGUUGAGAAGAGCUCCAAGGACAAAGCCACUCGAUCAACUGAGAAGACAAAGGAUGAAUUGCCUAAAGAUGGUGGUGACAAAAGUGCGAACAAACCAAAGGAGGCUACCAGUAGAGCCAAGGAUUUAAAAGAUGAAAGCAAAUCCACUGAAGGAAAAGCCAGACCGGGUCGUAAACCAAAACAUGCUGGUACUCCUGCAGAUAAUGAGGCCGACAAAGAGAAGCGGAAGGAGAAAGAAGGCAAGACAGCCGAAAUAGAGCAGGAGGCACCAGGGAUUGCUUCUACAGGAAAGAAGCGCAGAAGAAAGGCUUAAAUCAACCACCUAUGAGCUCUCUUGUAAAUGGUUUCCCUCCCUAGAUUCACUCCGUAGUCUGAAAGGUGUUAGCACUGCAUCAUGUAUGAGUUGUAACCCUUGGUUCGGUUGCCUUUCGAAUUGUCAUCUGUUUGGGCAUGUAGUAGUUAGGAGUCGUAGCAACAUUUGCUAUAAUUGUAAUGGUAGGCGUAACUUCUGUUCAUUGUGGUCAGAUGCACGGUGCAAAGCUUCUAGCGUAAAAGUUCCCAUGCUUACUAAUGUUCUAUUUAUAUAGUCCAUUUGAACAGUGCA